CGUCAAGUCAGCCAGUCAAAAUGUAAUACUGAGUCCGACAACAAAUGCAGUCGUGUGCGGAGUCAUUUUUUUCUUUCUUUCUUCCAAGCACUAUCAAGCCACUAUUAAUGCCCUGCUCCAGGUUAGGAAUUGAUCUUCAAACGGAAAGAUGGCUUCCCCGCGGGCUGGCAACACGCCUCCUGCAGAGCAAAGCACCCCUCUAGCGCAAGAUGAGGAUCGGCAACAAGGGGAGGCGGCGGAGAGCGACGUGCCCGUGAAAAAACGAGGCAGGGGACGCCCCCCGAAAUCCAAACCGUCCUUCAAGUGCUCGUCCUGCGGCGAGUCCUUCCGGAGCGUGCCGGCGCUGCGCGACCACAAGCUGUCGGCGCACGGCAAGGAGCCUCCGCAACAUCCCCACGCGUGUCCGCAGUGCCAAAAGAUCUUCUCCAGCAAGGGCCAUCUCUCCAAGCACGAGAGCACGCACGCGGCGGCCCAGCGGCCGUUUCAGUGUCCCGACUGCCACAAGGCGUACAAAACGCCCACCGAGCUGCGCAACCACAGUCGCUCGCACACGGGCGAGAAACCGUUUGUGUGCAGCGAGUGCGGCAAGGCCUUCAUGCAGGCCAUCUGCCUGCGGAUCCACAUGACGCAGCACAACGGCGAGCGGCCCUACUCCUGCCGCCAGUGCUCCAAAAGCUACCCCACCUUGUCCAAACUCAAGGUGCACAUGCGCUCCCACACCGGCGAGAAGCCGUACUUUUGCGGCGAGUGCGGCAAGAGUUUUGCCGACCCCUCCGUGUUCCGGAAGCACCGGCGCAACCACCAGGGCCACCGGCCGUACGCCUGCAACCAGUGCGGUAAAACCUACACGGAGCUGAAGGACCUGAAGAACCACGAGCGCUCCCACACCGGCGAGAAGCCCUUCCUGUGCUCCGACUGCGGCAAGGCCUUCUCCCGCUCGUCCUCGCUGGUCUGCCACCAACGCAUCCACUCCCAGAAGAAGCCGUAUCAGUGCGAGCAGUGCGGGAAAGGCUUCACGCAGCUGUCCUCCUACCAGUCUCAUCUGCGCACGCACUCGGGCGAGAAGCCCUUCCUGUGCCCGCAGUGCGGCAAGAUGUUCUCGGACCCGUCCAGUUUCCGCCGGCACCAGCGAGCCCACCUGGGAUUCAAGCCCUACCCGUGCGACAAAUGCUCCAAAAGAUUCCGACAGCCGGCCGAUCUGGCCGUGCACGAGCGGGUCCACUCCGGGGAGCGACCGUACAAAUGUCAGAGCUGCGACAAGGCCUUCGUGGCAUCCUGGGACCUGCGUCGGCAUUUGCUGGUCCACACGGGUCUGCGACCCUUCUCCUGCAGCGAGUGCGACAAGUCCUUCGCCGAGCGCUCCAGCCUCAACAAGCACCGCCGCGUGCACUCGGGUGAGCGGCCGUUCAAAUGCGGCGAGUGCUCGAAAUCCUUCGUCGUCUCCUCCAGCCUGCGCAAACACGAGAGGACUCACUUAGCCGAGCAGGCGCAGGCGCGCCCGCCCGCGCGACCGCAGGACCGGGACGAGGCGGCCGGCUCGGCUCCGUCGCAGUUCUCCUGCGCCCACUGCGACGCCACCUUCGGCACUUGGGCUGAAGUCCAGGCGCACGAGAACCUGCACGUCCAGCGAGGCAAGACGGCGGGCUCGGAGUUCUCCGAGGCGGCGGAGCUUCGCGAGCAGGAGAAGCAGCAGGCCAAGCCCAGGCCUCACGUGUGCGCCAGCUGCGGCAAAGCUUUUCUCAACCGGGCUGGCCUGCGCAAGCACCAGAAGAUCCACUCCAGCAGUAAACCUCACAGCUGCUCCCAGUGCGGAAAAGCCUUCCUGUUCCCCGCCUACCUCCGCAAGCACUUACGGACGCACGCGGACGCCCCGCGGUCCGACCUGAACAUCAUCCACACCGACCCGCUGCCCUCGCCCCCGCCGCCCGCAGAGGCCGGCGGCGCCUCCUUGAACAUUCCCGUCAGUGUGUCUGCCGCCGCUUUUCACACUCUGCCAGAGUACCUGAUCAAGGAAGAAGAACUUUAAAUAACACUAAGUGGGCCGUCAACCGAGUUACAGUUCUUGGGACCGAGCCGCAGGGGGUGCGACGUUUAUGGCGGAUUUGCGCAAAUUAAAAAAAAUAAAAAUUCCAUGUGGGAAGUUACUGGGAAUCAAGAGUCAUUUUAAGGAUAAGUAUUCGAUUCAAGCUGAAGUCUUUUGUUUUUGCCGUAAGCAGACAUCCAUGCAAAAUAGAUGGCUCUCCUUGCCCUACAUGCAAGGGCAUGACCGAACCUUCACUACUGCAUUUUUUUGGAAACGGGUGCACCUUCUCGACGGAAUUUUGUCGUUUUUCCAUGCACAGAAAAUAACUUGAAAGCAAAGCAACCAUCGCAUUUCCAAAAGGUGUCCGGCUACAUACAGCGCUUAACGUUUUUUGUAUUUUUUUUUUUUUCAUAAAUAUUUUGCCUUCUGCGAAAGUUUCCAGCGUGUCCAUCACACUCGCACUUCCAUGAAAAGAAGGUCAAACGCUUGCACGAUUGUUUUCCUUGACAGCUCAUCCAAAGAAUAUUUUCUUUGUUUAGUAAUCGUGACGCGGAAGCGAUCGACUGUGUCCUGGCAUCACCUCAAGAAAACACAACUUGUCAUUCCAAGAGGAAUAAAAAUGGCAUUUCGCACGUA